CCACCCCUGACCAGCCUUUGUCACCACAGGCCUUCCUGGACGCACUACAGAACCAGGCCGAGGCCAGCAGCAAGAUCAUUGGCCAGUUUGGCGUGGGCUUCUACUCCGCCUUCAUGGUGGCCGACAGGGUCGAGGUGUACUCGCAGUCAGCGGCCCCAGGGAGCCCCGGCUACCAGUGGCUUUCAGAUGGCUCUGGUGUGUUUGAAAUCGCCGAGGCUUCCGGAGUCAGACCUGGGACCAAGAUCAUCAUCCACCUCAAAUCAGACUGCAGGGAGUUUGCCAGCGAGGCCCGAGUUCGAGAUGUGAUAACGAAGUACAGUAACUUCGUCAGUUUCCCUUUGUUCCUCAAUGGGAAACGCAUGAACACUCUGCAGGCCAUCUGGACGAUGGACGCCAAGGAUGUGGACGAGUCACAGCACGAGGAGUUCUACCGCUAUGUCGCCCAGGCCCACGACAGGCCCCGCUACACACUGCACUAUAGGACCGACGCACCCCUCAACAUCCGCAGCAUCUUCUACGUGCCCGAGAUGAAGCCAUCCAUGUUUGACGUGAGCCGGGAGCUGGGCUCCAGCGUUGCCCUCUACAGCCGCAAAGUCCUCAUCCAGACCAAGGCCUCUGACAUCCUGCCCAAGUGGCUGCGCUUCAUCCGAGGUGUGGUGGACAGUGAGGACAUCCCCCUGAACCUCAGCCGGGAGCUUCUUCAGGAGAGCAUCCUCAUCCGGAAGCUCCGUGAUGUUCUGCAACAGAGGCUGAUAAAGUUCUUCGUGGACCAAAGUAAAAAGGACCCUGAGAAAUACGCCAAGUUUUUUGAAGACUAUGGCUUGUUCAUGAGGGAGGGCAUUGUGACCACUGCUGACCAGGAGGUCAAGGAGGAUAUUGCAAAGCUCCUGCGCUACGAGUCCUCAGCUCUGCCUGCGGGACAGCUGACCAGCCUCAUGGACUACGGCAGCCGCAUGCAGCCGGGCACCCGCAACAUCUAUUACCUGUGCGCACCCAGCCGACACCUGGCAGAACACUCCCCCUACUACGAGGCCAUGAAGCAGAAAGACAUGGAGGUUCUCUUUUGCUACGAGCAGUUUGACGAGCUCACCCUACUCCACCUGCGAGAGUUCCAGAAGAAGAAGCUCAUCUCUGUGGAAACAGACAUUGUGGUCGAUCACUACAAGGAGGAGAAGUUUGAGGACAAAGCCCCUGCUGAUGACCGCCUCUCAGAGCAGGAGGCUGAGGACCUGAUGGCCUGGAUGAGAAAUGCGCUGGGGUCGCGGGUCACCAAUGUUAAGGUGACCCUCCGACUGGACACCCAUCCAGCCAUGAUCACCGUGUUGGAGAUGGGUGCCGCCCGACAUUUCCUACGAAUGCAGCAGCUGGCUAAGACACACGAGGAGCGAGCCCAGAUCCUGCAGCCCACCCUAGAGAUCAACCCCAGGCACGCGCUGAUCAAGAAGCUGAGUCAGCUGCGGGACAGUGAGCCGGCCCUGGCUCAGCUGCUGGUCGAUCAGAUCUACGAGAACGCCAUGAUCGCCGCAGGACUCGUGGACGACCCCAGACCCAUGGUGGGACGCCUGAAUGAGCUCCUCACCAGGGCCCUGGAGAAGCACUAA